AUGGUUGAAGAUAUCAUCUUUGUUGGAAAACUCAUUCAUACCCCCUCUCUGGGAACAUUAGAGAUUGAAGACGCGACUGUGGGAGUGCAUCAAAGUAAAAUUGUAUUUCUUGCAAAGUCCGUUACAGAUGAAACAAUUCGACUCGCAAAAUCUCAUCAUUUGUUGAAGAAUGCUAGGGUACAAAUACUAAAGCCCCUGCAAUUUUUCUUUCCGGGAUUUAUCGACACACACAUUCAUGCACCUCAAUACCCCAACGCUGGUUUUGGCAUUGAUGUUCCCUUACUGAAAUGGCUUGAGAAGUACACAUUUCCAUUAGAAUCCUCAUUCCGUAAUUUGGAUAAAGCGUUGGAAGUUUACUACCGUGUAAUCACUCGAACGCUUGCUUAUGGCACUACUUUUGCCAGCUACUUUUCUUCUCUUCAUGCCCCUGCCUCGGCUCUACUUGCAGAACUUUGUUUCCUUCUUGGUCAGCGAGCAUACAUCGGUAAAUGCAAUAUGGACACCCUUUCACCUCCCCAUUAUUGUGAAAAAUCACCGGAGUCCUCCAUUGAGGCUACCAAUGUACUCGUAUCAUUUAUGUCUAAACUCGAUCCUGAGCGAAAGAUGGUUUCUCCUAUCGUUACCCCAAGGUUUGCUCCUUCUUGCACAAAAGAUUUGCUUCAGGCCUGUGGAAAUUUUGCUGCUGCUCAUGAUUUGCCUAUCCAGACUCAUAUAUCUGAAAAUAGAGGGGAAAUUGCUCUUGUGCGGGAUUUGUUUCCUGAUCGAAAAUCAUAUACCGAUGUUUAUGACCAUUAUAGGUUAUUGACGCCGAAAACAGUUUUAGCACAUGGUGUUUAUUUAGAGGAUGAAGAAAUCGAAACGAUUUUAAACCGUCAAAGUGGUAUUUCACAUUGCCCCACUAGUAAUGCCGUUAUAGCCAGUGGUAUGGCAAAUGUUCGAAGACUCUUAGAUGCAGGGGUCAAAGUUUCUUUGGGAACAGAUGUAUCUGGCGGUUACACUCCAAAUAUGCUCAUUGCAAUCCGUCAAGCAGCUCUUACAUCACGAUCCCUGGCUUCAGUUUUGAAGGAUACCAGGAUUAUAUUGGACCUUUCUGAGCUUCUAUAUCUUGCCACACAAGGUGGUGCUGAAGUUUUGGGCCGCGGUGCUGAAGUUGGUAGUUUUGAAGAAGGAAAGAACUGGGACGCCCUUGUCAUAGAUGUGUCUCCUCAAAGUAAUUCACCAGUAGAUGUUUACGAACAUGAUAGUUGGGAACACAUCUUGAGUAAGUGGAUUUUCAACGGUGACGAUCGCAACAUUGCCCAGGUCUGGGUGAAUGGAAAAUUGAUUGCCGGUACUGAUUGUAAAGUCGAGGAUAUGAGUCCUAUUGCUACAAGUCUUGCUUCCCUCUAUAUGGACAGCGUAAUAUCUCCUGUGCAAAAAUCUCUUCGUCUUCGAGAAAUACUGGAAUCAUUUACAAAUACAAUAUCAUUACCAGUCACGCAGUGCGUAAAUGAUGGAAAAGUACAUGCAGAGCCAUGGAAGCACACGAAUGAAAAUUAUGAUCACAAGAAAAGUACUUCUAUGGAGAGGAAACAAUUUUUACGAAGUACUUGA